AUGAAACGAAAUUGUUCAAUUUUGAUUUAUAACAGCAUUUAUUUAUUUAUAAAUAGAAAAAAGUUGAUAUCGUUAUUGUUGAUAUCAACAUCAUCAUCAUCAGCAUCAUCAUCAUCAUCAUCAUCAUCAUCAUCAUCAUCAUCAUCAUCAUCAUCAUCAUCAUCAUCAUCAUCAUCAUCAUCAUCAUCAUCAUCAUCAUCAUCAUCAUCAUCAUCAUCAUCAUCAUCAUCAUCAUCAUCAUCAUCAUCAUCAUCAUCAUCAUCAUCAUCAUCAUCAUCAUCAUCAUCAUCAUCAUCAUCAUCAUCAUCAUCAUCAUCAUCAUCAUCAUCAUCAUCAUCAUCAUCAUCAUCAUCAUCAUCAUCAUCAUCAUCAUCAUCAUCAUCAUCAUCAUCAUCAUCAUCAUCAUCAUCAUCAUCAUCAUCAUCAUCAUCAUCAUCAUCAUCAUCAUCAUCAUCAUCAUCAUCAUCAUCAUCAUCAUCAUCAUCAUCAUCAUCAUCAUCAUCAUCAUCAUCAUCAUCAUCAUCAUCAUCAUCAUCAUCAUCAUCAUCAUCAUCAUCAUCAUCAUCAUCAUCAUCAUCAUCAUCAUCAUCAUCAUCAUCAUCAUCAUCAUCAUCAUCAUCAUCAUCAUCAUCAUCAUCAUCAUCAUCAUCAUCAUCAUCAUCAUCAUCAUCAUCAUCAUCAUCAUCAUCAUCAUCAUCAUCAUCAUCAUCAUCAUCAUCAUCAUCAUCAUCAUCAUCAUCAUCAUCAUCAUCAUCAUCAUCAUCAUCAUCAUCAUCAUCAUCAUCAUCAUCAUCAUCAUCAUCAUCAUCAUCAUCAUCAUCAUCAUCAUCAUCAUCAUCAUCAUCAUCAUCAUCAUCAUCAUCAUCAUCAUCAUCAUCAUCAUCAUCAUCAUCAUCAUCAUCAUCAUCAUCAUCAUCAUCAUCAUCAUCAUCAUCAUCAUCAUCAUCAUCAUCAUCAUCAUCAUCAUCAUCAUCAUCAUCAUCAUCAUCAUCAUCAUCAUCAUCAUCAUCAUCAUCAAUCAUUAUUAUUAUUAUUAUUAUUAUUAUUAUUGUAAGCUGGUAA